AUGAACGUGAUGAUUCUAGUAAAGCAAUCAAAGCCCUUGCUCAAGACUGUUUGUCAACAAGCUCGUGGAAUGGCUACAGAAAAGCAGAUUCUGCAGCGUAUUACAGCCACAUCAAAUAUCGCCAAGAUUACGAAAUCAAUGAAAAUGGUGUCAGCUGCUAAGAUGCGUGGCGCUGAGAACCGUAUGAAUGCUGGUCGCCCCUUUACGGCAUGGUUGGACAAUGUCAAGGGCGCUCAUGACCGCACUAUUGAAACCGAUGGCAUUGCACCUGUAGAGGAACUGGAAAAAGACAAUGUCUUUAUUGUUGUCUCGUCAGACCGUGGUCUGUGCGGUGGUAUCAACUCAGGUAUUGCCAAAGCUGCCCGUAAGCAGAUUGCUGGCGUCGAAGAACAUUCACAAAUCUUUGUGAUUGGUGACAAGGCUCGAGCCCAGCUUCGUCGUGACCUUGGCAACUGCAUCCGCGGUAAUGUAACCGAGACGUUCCAGUCGCCCCCUAAUUUCAUGGUUGCUAGCGCCAUUGCGGAGGCUGUGGUUGCUUCGUCUGCUUCCGAAUCGGAAAAAGUGCAUGUGUUGUACAACAAGUUUAAGUCGGCAAUCUCGUACAUGCCGUCCGUGCGCUCGCUUGCUGUGCAGCCAGACACGGACGCCUUUGAUCUGUACGAGCUGGAGCCUGACAACAAGGACGAGCUGCUUGCUGACCUCAAGGAGUUUGAGAUUGCAACCGCCAUUUUUCAGGGUAUGCUUGAGAACUCGACCAGUGAAGAGUCGUCGCGCAUGGCUGCGAUGGAAAACGCCACCACAAAUGCUGAGGACCUCAUUGGCUCGCUCACGCUCGUGUACAACAAGGCUCGCCAAGCCCGUAUUACCACGGAGCUGAUUGAAAUUAUCUCGGGUGCUGCUUCUCUGGACGGUUAA